ACUUUGUAAACUACGUGUUAGAGCGCAGAGGAAAAUAAAGAAAGCAGUUUUCCAGACUUUGUAACAUAGAAUAAUGAAAAUGAUACGUGAAUGACAGCAGCAACCCAAAUAUACGAAAAUGUAGAUCAGAAUUUAUUCUAAAAAAGUAGAUGUUUCUGUCGUUUUUUUCUCUUUUCGACCCGCGACAUUGCAUAUUACGAGCUUGCAAACGACCUGAGAAGUAGCAGAAUAGCAGGUUUGACGUUUCUUAAAAGACGAUGUUUUCAACCGUGAGAAAGUUGUGUUUUGGUCGCUCGGUACCGGAGUUCUUCUCCUCGACGCCACGGCAGGCGUUAACUCUGGCCCGUUUCAGACGGGGACCGCGUGUCAGCCUUCACAGAGAGUGUUCGGGGAGACGGUACAAUGUGCCGCCGAGCGCCGAGUUCGUGGCGCGGGUGUCGGGGAUCCCCACCAUGGCCAAACUACCGUUCCGGGAGUCGGCCGACGGGCUGGACGCGGCGUUUGUCGGCGUCCCCAUCGACACCGGGACCUCGAACCGACCCGGAGCGAGGUUUGGUCCAAGACAGAUUCGGGUGGAGUCUGCCAUGCUGAGGGCCUACAACAGUGGCACCAGGGCAGCUCCCUAUGAGUCCCUUAUGGUCGCAGACAUCGGGGACGUAAACGUGAACGUCUAUGACCUAAAAGACACCUGCAGACGCAUCAGGGAGGCCUACAGGAAGAUCCUGGCCACCGGCUGUAUCCCGCUGACCAUGGGUGGGGAUCACACGAUCGCGUACCCGAUCCUGCAGGCUGUCGCUGAGAAGUAUGGCCCCGUGGGUUUGGUCCAUGUGGACGCUCAUGCUGACACCAGUGAUGUGGUUCUGGGGGAGAAGAUUGGCCACGGCACGCCGUUCAGACGUUGUGUGGAGGAGGGGCUUUUGGACUGCAAGAGAGUGGUUCAGAUUGGCCUGCGAGGUUCUGGGUACUCUGCAGACUCCUAUGAAUGGAGCCGGGCACAGGGCUUCCGUGUGGUCCAGGUGGAAGAAUGCUGGUUCAAAUCGCUCGCGCCUCUUAUGUCUGAGGUCAGGGCCCAGAUGGGUAGCGGUCCAGUAUACCUCAGUUUUGACAUUGAUGCUCUUGACCCAGGCUUUGCCCCGGGAACCGGAACCCCAGAGAUAGCAGGACUCACUCCCAUACAGGGAGUUGAAAUUAUACGGGGGUGUCGUGGUCUAAACCUCGUUGGAUGUGACCUGGUAGAGGUGUCUCCACCCUAUGACACCACAGGAAACACUGCACUGACUGGAGCCAACCUCCUCUUUGAAAUGUUAUGCGUCCUCCCAAAAAUGAAAUACUACUAACCUGAGCACAUACAGACAGAACAAGCCAUUUAUUAGUAGUAUAUACUGCCACUAAGCAGACUGCUAUGCUUAAUGAAAUUAACUAAAUUUAAUUGAGUGUUUUAAUCAGGAGUCAUAAAGGACCAAAGUACAACCAUCAAUCACGGCUAAAAUGCAAUUUUGUAAUUUCUCAUACAGUUCUGAUUAAAAAAGGAAAAUAUCUAUCUGUCAAGUGGGGAUUAUAGAUGGCAUAUUUACAAUCUGUAUUGACAAACAAGUGAAUAAAUCAAGCCUUUAAAGUCAAUUUAAA